CGGCAGGAACUGUUUCCACACCGGGAGCUCAGCGUGAGUCAUUAUUCGGAUCCAACACGCAGCCAUACGGACUGUCGGGAUGUGACCCCGGAACAGGACGCCUUCUUAGAAACAACACUCCAUUCAAAUAAAACAGGCGAAAAAACGGAUCAGGAUCAGCAGAGAGACCCAGGAGCCGGGGGGAUGAACCGAGAGGAGGCCCCUGGGAAGUCUCCGGAGGAGAUGUACGUGCAGCAGAAGGUGCGCGUGCUACUGAUGCUGAAGAAGAUGGGCUCAAACCUGACGCAGAGUGAGGAGGCGUUUCUGCGGAGCUACGCGGGCGUGGUGCACAGCCAGAUGAGCCAGCUGCCUCAGCACCCCAUCGACCAGGGUGCUGAGGACGUGGUGAUGGCCUUCUCCAGAUCAGAGACUGAGGACCGGAGACAGUGACUGUGACCUCCCACCCCAGCUCCCGGCCUCAUCGUCCUCCCAACUGGGAGAGGCUGCCCAGGACAGGGGAGGGAAGUGAGUGGACAGGCCCUGGAGCUAACAAGCCCCCCCAUCCCCCUGUCCUUUCUUCCAACUUCACUGAACAGACUGCCACAACACUGGGCCUGUUUUUGGGCCUCCUGCUUCUGUGAAAAAGAGCAGGAGACGACAUCGGCAAGAGCGUGUCAUGCCUCUCUCCCUAUCUCUCCCUCUCUCUCUCUCUCUCUCUCCCCCUCUCUCUCUCUCUCUCGCUGUGGCGCUCUCGCUCUUUAACUCCAGGGUGGUGAAUUCUGAACAGAUGGAGAACAUUGUGGAGAGGGUGGAUGAAGGAGCGAAUGGCUGUUGCGUAUGUGAUGGGGAAAACAAUGUCUUUUUCUUUUUGCUCCAUUCAGUUUUUGUUACAUUUCUUUACUUUCUGCGGGGUGAUGCUGCUGUAAAGAGCGUGAAAGAGUGUGAAUUGUGAGCAUUGGUGCGUGUGCGCUGUUUCUUUAUUUUUGGAGCCACUUGUCUUUGUUUACGUUUGCCGCCCGAACACGCGUCGUGUGUUGACGCUGCAGCAGCUGCAGAAAGGGAUGGGCUUGCGGACAAUUCAGGCAGAGGGCCCCCUCAGCCACUCUCCGUGUUACUGCAAAAAGGAACCGUGUCGGCCAUUACGACAUAACACUGAAAAUGAAAGAACUGGUAUGUGCCAGUUUGGUGUUAUUGUAUUCCUGUGUUCAAGAAAAAACAAAAAUGUUUCUAAGGGGAUUGUCUUGGGGGGUCUAAUUUAUUGAUUUAUUGUAUUAUUUCAAACUGUUCUGAAGCGGGAUGUGUUCAUUUAUUGUCGACGAGUAUAAGAAAUGUAAGAAAAAGCAUAAUUAUAUAUCCAGAAUAACAGAAUUGACGAUAUCAUGAAAAUAGCCUUAAACAGUUUUACAAUAGAUAUGCCAUCUUGUAUGUACAGCACACACACACACACACACUCACACACACACACUCUCUCUCUCACUCACACACACACACACACUCUCUCUCACUCACACACACAUACACACACACACACUGCACAGGUGUGUCUCACUGAGCAAUAGUAAUAGUUUGCAAUAGUUUGGCCUCAGAAUCCUCAAAGAUGACUCAGCAUGGUUUAGCUGGUUUAGAGUAGACUAAUCUGGAUCUAAUCUAGCUGGCUUAGUUUCAUUUUAUUUCUAUACUGUAACUGCAAAAAUCUUGAAAGAAGUAUUGCAUUAUGUGUGUGUUUGUGCUGGCAUGGAUGCCUGUGUGGACGUAUGCGUGUGUUGAAUUUUCACUUUUUUGUGAAUACCUGCUUUUGAUAGACAGUGUGUGGUAAUGUUACUUUUUGCUCUGUGUUUAUUGUGUAUUUGUUAUUUUGCUUAAAUUAAUAAUUGUAACUUAAUAUUCUGAAAUCAAGCAUGCCUACCAUGUGGUUUACAGUAUCCAGUAAAAGCCCUUUCUACAAUCAUAUUGUUUGUACAUUUUUGAAACCCAGACAAGCUCUUUUUAACAUGCUUGGUACUUUGUCUUUAUGUUUGAUAGAAUGCAGUCAAUGUGGUCUCGAGACUUAAACUUUUUAUUAUUUUAUCACUUUUAAUUUUUUAUGAAUGUCUACACAGUGGCAGUGUAUUGCAUUUUGCCAACAAACAGCCAUCAUUUUUAGUCUUGUUUUGAAAACUUGUUUUAAAAACAAAAUGAAUUUGUCUAUGCAUUUUUUUUUUUGUGAGGUUUUUAAUAUGACCUACAGUUCUGCUCUGUACUGUACGUGUUUGAUUGUCAGUGUAUUUGGUUACUUUUAUUCAAUCUGCAACCCAUAUUUACAGCAUGCUCUUUUCUGUUACUAGAGCUGCGUACCUUCUUAAUGUGAUGACCUGUUGAUGCAUAGCUAUUGCUUGAGUCUUAAAAUGGAUUUGCUUAGAUCUGUCUUUCUAGUUUAUAUCGAUUGGUUGGUUAUUGUUAUCUGGCUGCUGCCCAACUCUUGAAUAUACCAACUGAACCAUGAAAAUUAAAGGAAUUUAAAGCA